GUCACCUUUUCCCCAUUUACUCGAAUGACAAAUGAGCGGGUAAAGGACUUCCCUUCCCGUCAUGCGUUGCGUCUCUUUCGGAAUGCGCAUGCGCACUGGCGACUCAGCUACCUCAGAUUCUCAUGAGCUUGUGACACAAAACGGCAACCUCCAUGGAGCCCGCUUGGCGACAGCAGGGCCGAGGUCGCGGCCGGGGUCAGGCUGCGGGUGACGCGUCGUCAUGGCGACCUCAGAGGCAGGAGGAUGGAGGGAGAGCGGGGCGAGGGAGGGCCGGUUCUGCCGUCACAACAUUACCCAAAGCAGAACCGUCACCUGGUACAGCUGCGUCCUCUCAGUCCAAAUUUGACGAGAUCAGGAAGUCCAACCAGGCCGCUGCUCAGCGAUUGGCCGAGAGUCAGUACAGCUCCUCCUCCUCUGAUGAAGAUGAUGAUGAAGAUGAAGUGUUUGGGAAGCGAGGCCGAAUCCUGGCGUCGACUCUCACCACGUACACCAGUCAGACAGGAGGAGACGUGUCAGACCUGGAGCGAACUCGUCAGUACCUGAAUGAGGCGUUCCAGUCCGGAGCCAUUACCUGCCUCAUCUGCAUCGCCUCUGUGAAGAGAACGCAAGCGGUGUGGAGCUGUGCUGGAUGUUACUGUAUCUUCCACAUCCCGUGUAUUCAGAAGUGGGCUAAAGACUCCAUCUUCCUCGUCUCCUCGGUAACAGAUGAGGAUUUUGGGAAAAAAGAUCACCCCUGGCCCUGUCCUAAGUGUAGAUAUCAGUAUACCCCUCAGCAGACUCCCACUCGCUAUUACUGUUACUGUGGGAAGGAGGCGGAGCCUGAGCCUGACCCUUGGCUCCUCCCACAUUCCUGUGGACAGGUGUGUGACCGAGAGUUUAAACCUCCAUGUGGACAUCGCUGCCUUCUGCUCUGCCACCCAGGUCCGUGCCCUCCAUGUCCGAAGAUGGUGAGUGUGUCGUGUGUGUGUGGGAAAGCAGCCCCUGUCCCACGCCGCUGCAGUAAUAAAGCCUGGACCUGCGGGAAGAUCUGCAGCCGCACCUUACCCUGCAAGAUACACACCUGCGCACACACCUGUCACGCAGGUGAGUGUGAGCCGUGUCCGAGAGUGAGCGUGCAGAAGUGUGUGUGUGGCAGGAAGAAGGCGGAGCGUCAGUGUGCCAGUCCUGUGUGGCACUGUGACCAGGUGUGUGGCCGGCCGCUGCCAUGCGGGAACCACACGUGUGAGCGAGUGUGUCACACAGGUGUGUGUGGAGAAUGUCCUCGUGCAGAGAACCGUGCCUGUCCAUGUGGCAAGAGCAAGUGUGCAUUACCGUGUACAGCUGAUGUUCCUACCUGUGGUGACACCUGUGAUAAGAAACUGGACUGUGGCUUACACACCUGCUCGAUGCGCUGCCAUAGAGGAGCCUGUGAGACCUGUCGCCAGGAGGUGGAGAAGCAGUGUCGGUGUGGGCGCUACACCAGGCGCAUGCCCUGCCAUAAGGAGUAUCUGUGUGAGUCUAAAUGCACCCAGAUGCGCAGCUGCAACAGACACCAGUGCAAGAGGAAGUGUUGCCCGGGUAACUGUCCCCCGUGUGAUCUGAGUUGUGGCAGAACACUGGGCUGCCGGAACCACAAAUGCCCCUCUGUUUGUCAUCAAGGGAGUUGUUACCCCUGUCCUGAGGUGGUGCAGGUUAAGUGUGCAUGUGGUUCCUCGUCUCUGAGUGUUCCAUGUGGACGAGAGAGGAAUACCAAACCUCCACGCUGCAGGGAGAUUUGCAGGAAUCCUCCGUCGUGUCAUCACCCCUCCCGUGAGCAGCACAGGUGUCACUUCGGUGUGUGUCCUGUGUGUAAACAGGUGUGUCAGCUGCCUUUACCUGGAUGUACACACCUGUGCCAGGCACCGUGCCACGACCAGGUGCUGCUUAAAGCCAACAACCGGGUUCAGUUAGCAGGUCCGUGGGAACAGCAGACCGCUCCAGCGUUUGAGUUCAAGGCAUUACCGUGCCCUCCCUGCCAAGUGCCCAUACCCACGGCCUGUCUCGGGGAGCAUGAGGUGAGUCCAGUGCUGUGUCAUGUACGUGGGCCGUUCUCAUGUGGCCGUGCAUGUGGGCGAACUUUGACCUGCGGGAACCAUAGCUGCAGCCUGGAGUGCCACGCUGUGACCUUUGACCCCAAGAGGGAGAAAACCGAGGCUGGGAAGGAGUGUGAAAAAUGUGAAGAGGGCUGCUCUAAGCCCCGCCCCCCUGGAUGCCCCCACCCAUGUGCCCUCCCCUGUCACCGUGGCGACUGCCCCCCCUGCACUCAGAUGAUCAGACAGCGAUGCCACUGCAAGAUGUCCAACCUGUACAUCGAGUGCCUGGAGCUGACCUCUGCUGAUGAUGAAGGUAGAAAACUCCUCACCUCCUGCAAGAACCAGUGCCCUAAACAGCUGAAGUGUGGGCAUCGCUGUAAGGAGCUCUGUCAUGCGGGCGAGUGUGAGGAGAACUGCAACCAGAAAGUCAAAGUCAAGUGUCCAUGCAA